GGCGGCGGCGGCGCGAGCACGUUGCGCGCGCGGGCCCGCGCGCGGGAUCACCGGACGCCGUUUCCCCGCCGCGGCGCGAGGGCGCCGUGCGCGCUCCCACCCCUCCUUCCCCCCCGCCCCCCGCCGCACCCCUCCCUCACAGCUCCCGGUCUGGGAGACUCCCACUACUCCUUCUUAUAAUUGGUGUAUGUGUUUAACCCUAAAUUGUGCAUUAUGGCCGACAAAUUAACAAGAAUUGCUAUAGUCAACCAUGACAAAUGUAAGCCAAAGAAAUGUCGUCAGGAAUGCAAGAAGAGUUGUCCUGUGGUUCGAAUGGGAAAACUUUGCAUAGAAGUCACAUCACAGAGCAAAAUAGCAUGGAUUUCAGAAACACUUUGUAUUGGUUGUGGUAUUUGCAUCAAGAAAUGUCCUUUUGGAGCCUUGUCAAUUGUUAACUUACCUAGCAACCUGGAGAAAGAAACAACACAUAGAUACUGUGCCAAUGCCUUCAAACUUCACAGGUUGCCUAUCCCUCGUCCAGGUGAAGUACUGGGAUUGGUUGGAACCAAUGGUAUUGGAAAAUCAACUGCCUUGAAAAUUUUAGCAGGAAAACAAAAGCCAAAUCUUGGAAAAUAUGAUGAUCCACCUGACUGGCAAGAAAUUUUGACUUACUUCCGAGGAUCUGAAUUACAGAAUUAUUUUACCAAGAUCCUGGAAGAUGACCUUAAAGCUAUCAUUAAACCUCAGUACGUGGACCAGAUCCCUAAAGCUGCAAAGGGAACAGUGGGAUCAAUUCUGGAUAGGAAGGAUGAAACUAAGACACAAACUGUUGUGUGUCAGCAGCUUGACUUAACACACCUGAAAGAAAGAAAUGUUGAGGACCUUUCAGGAGGAGAACUUCAGAGAUUUGCUUGUGCAGUUGUUUGCAUUCAGAAGGCUGAUAUCUUCAUGUUUGAUGAACCUUCCAGCUACUUGGAUGUCAAGCAGCGCUUGAAGGCUGCCAUUACGAUUCGGUCCCUCAUAAACCCUGACAGGUACAUUAUUGUUGUAGAGCAUGAUCUAAGUGUGUUAGAUUAUCUCUCUGACUUUAUCUGCUGCCUGUAUGGUGUGCCAAGUGCUUAUGGUGUUGUUACCAUGCCUUUCAGCGUAAGAGAAGGCAUAAAUAUUUUCCUAGAUGGCUAUGUUCCAACAGAAAAUCUCAGGUUUCGAGAUGCAUCUCUGGUAUUUAAAGUAGCCGAGACAGCUAAUGAAGAAGAGGUCAAAAAGAUGUGUAUGUACAAAUAUCCAGGAAUGAAAAAGAAGAUGGGAGAAUUCGAACUAUCCAUAGUAGCUGGAGAAUUCACCGAUUCUGAAAUUAUGGUGAUGUUAGGGGAAAAUGGAACUGGCAAAACAACAUUUAUCCGAAUGCUUGCAGGAAGACUUACGCCUGAUGAAGGAGGUGAGGUCCCAGUCCUAAAUGUCAGCUACAAACCACAGAAAAUCAGCCCUAAAUCUACGGGAAGUGUCCGUCAGCUGCUGCACGAGAAGAUCAGAGAUGCCUAUACACACCCCCAGUUUGUAACUGACGUGAUGAAACCUCUUCAGAUAGAAAACAUCAUUGACCAGGAGGUUCAGACGCUGUCUGGUGGUGAGUUGCAGCGUGUGGCAUUAGCUCUUUGUCUGGGUAAACCUGCAGAUGUGUAUCUGAUUGAUGAGCCCUCAGCUUAUCUGGACUCUGAACAGCGUCUGAUGGCUGCCAGAGUCAUUAAACGUUUCAUUCUCCAUGCUAAAAAAACAGCUUUUGUGGUAGAACAUGAUUUUAUCAUGGCUACGUAUCUUGCUGAUCGUGUGAUUGUUUUUGAUGGCAUUCCUUCCAAGAACACACUGGCAAACAGUCCACAGACUCUCUUGGCUGGAAUGAAUAAGUUUUUAUCUCAGCUUGAAAUCACUUUUAGAAGAGACCCCAACAAUUACAGACCAAGAAUAAAUAAACUCAAUUCCAUCAAGGAUGUGGAACAGAAGAAGAGUGGAAACUACUUCUUCCUGGAUGACUAAAUAUUGAAUCCCAGCAUCUUUUUAACUGGCAUCUAGACAUGCAUAUUGGAAUCUAAACAGCUGUGAUGAGAUGGCUCAGAUCAGGUUUUAGAACAAUUAAUCUUUUGGAGCUUAAAAUCUUUUGCUGCAUUUAACAUCUGAGAUAGUAGCAGUAACCAUCCUAGUCUGAGUAAAACUGCCACUUUCUAUAUUUUGGUGACACAGCCCUAUUUUCAGUGUAAUAAUUUCAAAAUAGACCACCUUGAAAUUGUGCAAAUGGGUCUCCUGAUUUUUCAAAAUUUAAGGAAGGUUUUCAAUCCAAUAUAUCCUACUCAUGUACCAAGUACUGACUGAACUUCCUCAUUUUAAAAUAAAUCUUUGAAGCUGUUUUCUGUAUAAGAGGAAAGUUUACUAAGAAUGUCAUGCUACAAGAGCAACUCCUCUUUUAAAAAGGUUGAAUCUCUUUGGCUGAGGGUUUCAAAAAUAAAAUACCCACGUAACUUGUGACACUGCAGAAUUUUUUCAAUUACUAAUUCAGAAGUGUGUAUAUUUACAUAAUGUCACACACCCUUUUCUCACACUGAAGGUAGCUACACCUUUUUUUAAUCAUCUGUCCCUGUGCAUGUUCUCAGACCUAGUGAGAUGAAAAUCAUCAGUGAAAUAAUCCUAAAGAAUAUAAACAUUCUUUCCAUCUAUCCAACUCACUCUUCCAUGAAGUUUUUAUAAGGCUAAGAUGCAGGAAUUACUUUUCCCUAAAGUAAAAAGCUUUGAUCUUACUAUGACAAAAAGGAAAAAAAAAAUUAAAGAAACCUUGUUAAAAACUUACUUCCUUAUGCAAUAAGGUCCUUCAGGGAACCAGAAGGAACAUUUAAAUAUUCCUGCUUACUUAAGCAGACAUGUCAAAAACAAAUUUCAGCUAUGUGUCUUAAAAGGAAGGAAGGGUAUUUUCCAUUCAACAGUUCUCUUCCUUCACUGGCAUGUGAAAAACAUGAGAACACAUGUUUACAUUUUUGCCUCCAAAGCUACAGAAAGGAGUGGGGGUAAUGUGUGGGUUUUUUGCCAUUCUGUGUGUUAGUAACAUGGUUAUUUCACAGCUUUGGCAGUACUCAGCAUUAUAUAUACACUGCCUCUGUCUGUAACAGCAAUGCACCUGUACUACACACCAGCAGAGGGACUCUGAAGAAGUGCAGGUACUGAGUGCAGCCCUACAGAAGUGUGCUGGUCAGGCAAAAGGCUGACUAAACUUGUUCUCCUCUGCACAGCUUAACUCCCUUUGGACUUGAGUUGUGCAAUCUUCUCUGAAUCAGUUGUGAUAAGGAUAAAGUAAAGAUGUGGUUCAGCUGUGUGUCACACAGCUGAAUAUUACAUAGAUUUAACAGGAGGAUCCUGCAAUCUAAAACAUUUUGCCAGAUGUUUUAGAUUGCAGGGCCAAUCAGUCUACUACUAAUUCGGUAAGAGAGGAAACCAGACUUACUUGAUCAGCAUCAGAGAAAAUUUACCUACACCUUCCCAUCCUUCACUGUCCUAGAGUAGCAAGGCAGUAUAGGCCCAGGUGAAAGAAGUUGUUUCUUAAAUGCAAAUUCUAAAAGCACCUCUCUUGCCCAGUGUUUCCAAAGAGAUUUCUGUAAGGAAGAGUUACUGGCUUCGUGUACUAUCUGCUGUAGGACAGAAUGAUUAGUUCAGUGACUGCUGCACAAAUGUGGGGUAGAGCUAAGAGUUUAAAAUUCACCAGUAAACUCAACAAGCAGCCCUCUUUAUGAUUUUUUAAAGGAGUUGAAAUAAACAGAGAAUCCCAGUGGUAACAACGGUUAAA